AUGUCCGAAAAACGCAAAACCAACCAACAAGAUCUGUCUGCCAAUGUCUCUCAAAGAACUUUACGACGUAGAAUAGCUACUGAAUUAGAAAACAUGCUCAAUAUUUCUGAUCAAGAUUUAGUUUCAAAUUGUGAUAUAUAUUGUACAUUGCAAUCUGAUGCGUCUGUUAUGAAUAAAGUUAUACAAGGCAGUAAUAAUAACCAAAACAAAAAUAUUUCUACUGUCGACAAUUUAUAUAUGAAUGAAUCCAUUAGUAAUUCAAAUGAAUUCAAUACAUUUGAUUUAAAACAAUCAAGUCAAAGUAGUUCAACAGAAAAUGAUGAAUAUGAUCGUAAUAUCUUAAAUGAAAAUGCCAACAUAAAUAUUAAUACUUCAAAUAAAGAUCAGGACUUUGUAGAAAAACUGAAGCAUUGGGCUGUUGAAUAUAAAAUUAAACAAAAUGCUUUGGAUGCUCUUCUAGGCAUACUACGAAAGGAAACAAUUGGGGAAAAUCUUCCAAAAGUUUCUAGGACAUUUUUAAAGACUCCAAGAAAUACCUUAAUACAGAUUGUUAGUCCAGAUCAAUAUUGUCAUUUUGGUUUGAAAAUUGGACUCGAAAAAGUGUUGAAUAGAUUACAAAAUGAUGAUUUACUCAACAGUUUAAACUUUAAGAUUAGCCUUAAAAUAUCAACAGAUGGAUUGCCCUUGUCAGAAAGUAGUACUAGUCAAUUAUGGCCUAUACUGGGUUGUAUUAUUCAAACAUCACAUGUAUUUGUAAUUGGAAUCUAUCAUGGUCUUAGUAAACCAAAUGAUGCUAAUACAUUUUUACAAUACUUUGUUGAUGAAAUGACUGAUUUAACUAAUAAUGGUAUUUACUUUAACAAUAUUUAUUACAAAGUGAAUAUACAUUGUAUUAUUUGUGACGCACCUGCGAAGUCAUUUAUCACCAAAACAAAAGGACAUACUGGAUAUAAUAGUUGUUCUAAAUGUUGUCAAGAAGGAGAAUUUUUAUACAAUCGUAUAUGUUUCCCUGAAGUAAGAAAUAAUAUUUUAAAAACUGAUGAUGGAUUCUCAAAACAAGAAUAUGAUGAUUAUCAUCAAGGUAUAUCUAUUCUUUUAAGUAUUCCCAACUUUAAACCAGUCUCACAAAUUCCAUUUGACUAUAUGCACUUGGUUUGUAUUGGUGUAUUUAAAAAAGUUAUGAGCAUGUGGGUUAGUGGAAAACCAGAAUGCCAAAUAGUACGUUUAAAGCAUUGUAAAAUUGUUGCCUUAAACAACAGUUUAAAAAAUAUGAGAAGUUAUAUCACAAAUGAUUUUGCUCGACGUCCUCAAGAUAUUGUUAACCUGGGAAAAUGGAAAGCUACAGAACUUCGGCAAAUGUUGUUAUAUACCUGUCCUGUAGCUUUGUUUGGGGUUGUACAUCCUCGUGUAUAUGAACAUGUCUUAACAUUACAUGUAUCUAUGCGAAUUUUGUGUUCUCAAAAACUACUAGAUUUACAUUCUGACUAUGCAAAAUUAUUAUUAGAACAUUUUGUUGAAACUUUUAUUAUUUUAUAUGGAAAACAUUAUGUGUCCCAUAACGUCCAUGGACUACUACAUUUGGUAGAAGAUGCAAAACUCUUAGGUCCUUUAGACAAUUUUAGUGCGUUUGAAUUUGAAAAUUGUCUUAGGUUAAUUAAAAGACAAUUGAGGAAAUCUGCUCAUCCAUUACAACAGCUCUAUCGAAGAUACAGUGAAGAAUCCUUAAAUAUUUUAAAUGUUUCUGUUAAAAGUACUAUGUUUAAUAAAAAACACGUUAAUGGUAUUGUUUUAAGCACUACUGACACUGAUCAACAAUAUAAAAAAGCAAAAAUAAAUAAUUCUAUAAUUACAAUUACUAAUCCAGAUAAUUAUUGCAUGAUUAAAGAAAGUAAUAUUGUUGUAACUAUUUGUAAUAUUGUGUAUGACAAAACUAUGAAAUAUAUGGUGUAA